AUGGCGAAUCUUUCCAACUACACCUGGUCCUUCAGCCCAAUAGUGACCGCCAUCCCCCAGAUGAUACUGCCGAAUAUUGCGCUUUGGAAUGCCACUAACAAUGCCAACCUGACAUAUCAAAUCCAACUCUCAUGGCCUUUGGCCUGGGGGUCGCGCGACAUCAACGCCACUGCACUCUCUAUGUACGUUCUUGAUGGCAAUGCGCUGGGAAUGACAGCGACCGAAGCUUGGCGACGUCGUCUUCCCGUGGAUCCUACCACGCCAGACAGUGUAAUCGUCAGUAUUGGGUACCCCAUUACAGACUCACCAUACAGCCCACAGCGAAGCAUUGAUUUCCAGCCUGUCACACCCGGUGAGGACCCGCCACCUGUGCCUGGGGUGCGCGAAGGAUCCGACGACUUCAUCGCCUUCAUCGACGGCACGCUGCGCCCAUUCGUGCACUCGCAAUUCCCGAAUUCUUCAUUCACUCGUGAUGCGCUGUAUGGGCACUCGUUUGGCGGCAUGUUCGUCAUAUAUGCUCUGCUGCGGCGUCCAGACCUCUUUGACACGUUUCUGGCGUCCAGCCCAUCGUUGUUCUGGAACGGCCGUUACCUCCUCAACCACACUCGCUGGCUGGAUGAAGCCCAGCUGCCUGUCAAUGCGACAAAACCAGCUUUCAAGUUCGCGUAUGGAGACUUAGAACAAUACCCCAUAAAGCGGCGCACCGAGACCGAGGAGGCGUAUCAGGCGAGGAAAGCCCUCUAUGCCACGUUCAACAUGACAGACAACUGCAAGGCUCUUUACCAGAGCAUCAAGGGGAGCAGCAAACUUAGAGAUGUAGUCUUGAAGCAGUACGAUGGCAGCGACCAUGCUUCUGUAGGAGCGGUAGCAUUAGCAGACGGCAUCGAUUAUUUUGUGGAUUGGUGA